CCGAGAGCUUUUCCAUUCGACAAUCGCUCGGUCUAGUGUACUGACUUGUUUUUCAGUUUUGCGUCCUAAAGUCGCACGUAAAGCUAGCUCACAGUUUGUUUUCCACAAAGAACCAACAAAAUUCCAACAAAUUAAAGGAAAAUCCCAAGGAUUUCAACAAUCGUUAAAUUGUUUAUCUGCAACGAGUGGCAUUUUAUCAUCCAUAAUCAUUAAGGCUGGACGUUUAGCUUUUACCAGCCUACUAUGACAACGCUUAUGGAUGGGCCAAUCUCUGGGGUUUCGGAGCAAACCGGCAAUGGGAAUGAUGCCGUGGUGGAACAAUCGACUCCAAAACAGACGACAUCAUCAACAGGAGCCGCCACGACAAAUGGCCUGCAACCAGAAGGCCAAAAGCCACGCCUACUUUCAUCGCUUUACAAUUUCCUGGUCAUUGUAAGCUUCUUCCUAGUAGGCUUUGCAGCGUUCCGAAACACGCUGACAUGGCAUCUGCAACGAUUUUGGGGAGCAUCCGGAGAUUUUUGGCAAUCUCAAUGGGACAAAUUCAUUGAUUUUACUGGUGAAAAUCCAGCAACGUUAUGGAUCCACAGCACAACUCUGUUCACGAUGUUCGUGUACUGGUUCUUCGGUGGAAUCUACACCCUGUUUGAUCUGACAUGUCGACCUUCCUGUAUCCGGCGGUACAAAAUGCAACCUGGAACUAACGAACCGGUCGAUAGGACUCGGCUCAUCCGGGUCAUUGCCCAGGUGGUAAUCAACCAAACCGUCGUUGGCAUUCCGAUGGCCAUAUUCAUGUACCAGGCAAUGCGAUUUCGGGGUCUCAACGAUCUGAGGGAGCUUCCCACCUUCCACUGGGUGCUGGCAGAGCUGUCGUUCUGUAUUUUCAUCGAGGAAAUUGGAUUCUACUAUGCCCACCGGUUGCUGCAUAACCGGUACAUCUACAAGUUUAUCCACAAACAGCACCACGAGUGGACAGCCCCGAUCGCCAUUACGGCAAUUUAUUGCCAUCCGAUUGAGCACGUGUUUAGCAACCUGGUUCCUCCGUUCUUGGGUAUCUUCCUGCUGGGUAGCCACGUGGCCGUGGCCUGGUUGUGGUUUACCCUAGUCAUCCUGUCGACAUUGAACGCCCACUCCGGUUACCACUUGCCGUUCUUCCCUAGCCCGGAGGCUCACGAUUUUCAUCAUUUAAAAUUCAACCAAUGCUUCGGUGUGCUCGGCGUGCUGGAUCGGCUCCACGGCACCGAUACGCUGUUCCGUAACACCAAGGCCUACGCCCGGCACAUCAUGAUGCUGAGCUUCGUCCCGGCCCGAGAAGCUUUCCCGGAACCGGCCAAGAAGCCCUUCUAAGUGUGCACUAAGAUGAUCGAUCAACUUUUGAGCUAGUAUUUUUCACAAUAAACAACAACAACAAACACAUUCUGAUCGAAUUAUAAGACUACUAUCGUCGUAACUAAUAUGUGAAUGUACCGUUUUGGGUAUCGUCCCCGGUAUUAGGUGUGUUACUACAAGAAACAAAAUAUUAACCGUUUACCAACUAGAAACGAUCAUGCUCUUAAAGAGCGACAACUUAACUGUUAGAGGUCUCUGUCACAUGUCACACUUUAAAAGGGUGAUUUUGCACUAUUUUACUGGAAAAAAAGGAAAGGGAAAAUAUGGAAACUACUACCAGCACGCAUUCUAACACCAAUGUUAGAUGGAAAUCGGAAAGCGCUAAAAUUGUAGAACAGACUAGAUAGAUAGAGAGAGAGCACUGUUUGUCGGAACAGAAAUCGUAGUUAAAUGAUUAGAUUACUUAAAUCACCCAACGCAUGUAGUACGACAAACUUACACAAAGUACUGACUAUCUAAAUAUUUGCUACUUAUAUAAUUAUUACUAAAAUGAAACUACUACUACUACCAAUACAAUUACUACUACAACUAUUAGCAUUGCUACACAACGCGUAUGAACAAAGAAAAAACACACACACAAGACUGUGAUUAGAGGAGCAACGGAACGGUGUAGGAAUUCCGGAUUUAGGAAAAACAGGAAACUGCACGGUGUGAUAACUAAAAAUUCUAGUAUUAGCAAGCUGAAUGUAUACAUCUUUUUAGAAAUCUGAUGGUAGCAAACGACGAAGACUCCUACUUUUUUUUUCUUAAACAUCAAAGAGGAUUCUUUUCAAGCUCUCCCGGAAAAAUUUACAAAUUGCUUUAGAAAUGUUUUCCUAAGCUAAAUAAUUAUAAAGUUUAUCAAAUCACACCUAUUCCCAAAAUACGCCUAUUGUUUCCGCAGAAUACUACAAAGACAAGGUUUUAAUUCACGCAUCCACCCACACUCACAUCCUUUGACUAACAAAAUAAAAGUGAAAAUUGAAAGUAACCAUACCUACAAUUGAAAAUAGAAUUCCAACCGAGUUGGGAUAUGGAUAUCUCUGUGAAUGUAAAGUAAUUUUUUAAAUGUAUAUUUUAGCGAU